AUGUGGGCGCCAUGGGCCAUCUUGGCUCUUGCUCCUGUCGCUCUCUGUCAGCCUACCAACGACUCGGGGUCUCUAAAAUGGGGAGCCUACCGACCAGGCCUGUACUUUGGCUUGAAGCCAAGAGUGCCUCAGUCGCUCACGACAGGCCUCAUGUGGUUUGGCACGCAGGAUUAUCAGUCUCUUACACGCACACGUCAUGCCUGUGACCAAGGCGAUGGCCUGAGCGGUUACACUUGGACGGAGUACGAUGCACGCGAUGGCGGCGUGCAAGUAAUCAAGGAUGGCCCAAACAAUGUUGAGAUUACGACCGAGUUUCUCAAAGUACCCGGCGGAGAACACGGCGGGAGUUGGGCAGUGCGAGUCAAGGGGAAGCCCAUGAAUGCAGCUUUGCCAAGUCGUGUGUCGACAAUAUUCUAUGCCGGUUUAGAAGGACUUGGCGGGCUAGAUAUGGAGAACGAGGAGCAAGAGAACGGGUUCGAGGAACCUAUCAGAUUCGUGGGGUCAUCUCCUGAUCUUGAAGACUUCACAAUCAAGGUAGUCGACGGCCAGAACAAUGAAGCAGUCACGACUGGCCCCUACGCUAGCGAAUUUACACACCGGAUCGGCAAGACACAUUUUGUUGGCCUUCGCAUGCAACCUGGAACAACUUGGCAAGCCAGAGAGUUCCUACUGAAGAACAUACUGGAUCAUGCCAAAGACGCUAUCGAGCCGUACACGGACUCUCCCAUUGGUAUGCCCGAUCCGUCGUUCACGCUCCAAUUUUCAGAUGAGGUCUACUCGGCAAGCAAUAUGUACGCCGUGCAGAAGCUCUUUGACGGGCCAUUCCAGUUCGAUGUCUUCUUCGAGAGCGCCAGCGCCAAACACCAGCUAAGCUCGUCUACUCUUGACGAGGGAGUCCCGGCCCUGAUAGCAAGGUAUGAUCAGCGCUUCGAUACCGUCUUCCCGGUUCCUGCAUCAUACCCCACCUCCGACAUCGAGUCUCUCAAGGCAUUCUCAAAAGCAAUCACCUCCAAUCUCAUUGGUGGUAUUGGCUACUUCUAUGGCACGUCCAUUGUUAAUAAGGGUUUCGCGUAUGAGUGGGACAAGGAGGACGACGAUGAACGGACCUCAGACAUCGACGAAGGUGCAAAGUUGACCGAGCCCAAUGCACUCCUAACAGCAACGCCUAGUAGGAGUUUCUUCCCGAGAGGAUUCUACUGGGACGAAGGUUUCCACUUACUGCAUAUCGGUGAAUGGGAUAAUGAUCUCAGUUUGGAGAUCCUCAAGGACUGGAUUAACUUGAUCGACGAAGACGGAUGGGUCGCUAGAGAGCAGAUCCUAGGAGAGGAGGCUCGCAGCAGGGUCCCUGUGGAAUUCCAGACGCAAGUGCCCACGAAUGCCAACCCUCCGACUCUAGCCAUGGCAAUUACCGCUUUCAUACACCGUCUGAAGGCCUCGAACGUCGAACUCUCUGCUCAAGAGCUGGGUAUGGACUAUGGAAUAGGCGAGCAGGUGCCUUUAGCUGCACCCGGCACAUCCUUCCCUGGAAGCCGUCUGCUCGAGUCGCACGAGCUCGCGCUCGACUACCUCAAGUCAAUCUACCAGCCCCUAAAGCGCCAUUACGACUGGUUUCGCCGUACGCAACGCGGGCAGAUCAAGCAGUACGGCCGAAAGGCGCGCUCACGCACUGAAGCGUACCGCUGGCGUGGGCGCAGCCAGCAGCACGUAUUGACGAGCGGGAUGGACGACUACCCGCGCGGACCGCCACACGUGGGCGAGCUCCAUCUCGACCUGAUCUCGUGGAUGGCGUUCUUCUCGCGCACCAUGAAGGAGAUCGCGGAGUUCGUGGGCGAGCCGGAUGAUGCCGCCGCAUUCGAGGAAAUCGAGAAAGCGACAAUCGACAACAUUGAUGAUCUACAUUGGAGCGAGGAACACCAAAUGUACUGUGAUGUCGGCGUGAACGACGAAGACGAGUCGUAUCAUGUCUGCCAUAAGGGCUACCUGUCUCUAUUCCCCCUCAUUCUAGGGCUUCUUCCUCCGGACUCGCCGCACCUUGGCCCCGUACUCGAUUUGAUGCAUGACCCUGAACACCUCUGGUCCCCAUAUGGACUGCGCAGCCUUUCGCUCUCGCAUCCCGAAUUUGGCCAAGGCGAGAACUACUGGAAGGGUCCUAUUUGGAUCCAGAUGAACUUCCUCGCUCUUAAGUCACUUUACAAGACCUACGGUGCCCAAGAGGGGCCCCACCAGGCACGCUCCCAAGACAUCUACGCCGAUCUGAGGCGUAACAUCGUUGACAACGAAUAUCAGCGCACAGGAUAUGUGUGGGAACAAUACGAUGCAGUCUCCGGCGAAGGCAGAAGGAGCCACCCCUUCACCGGCUGGACCUCGCUUGUGACAUUGAUUCUGUCAGAAAAAUAUUGA